AUGGCCGAUACCACGCCUAACCAAGAACCUCACAUCCUCAGAUUCGCAUCACCCAACCAUCAUCAAGAGUUUUUUUAUUCCAACAUACACCCCACAGACGAAGAUGAGCUGGUUACCACCUCCUACCUCUUACUUGACCUACCACCGGAACUACUCGAGCCAGUGAUAAAACGACUGAAGGGGCAAGAUGAAGCAGCGGGCGAUCUGCAAAUGGAACUUCGCGGGAGAAACGACGAUGAGGUAGUUCUGACCACACCCGACAAGACUUUCCAACUUCGCACGGUUCAGAACAGCAACAGUGUGCUGGUAUGUGGAACAAGCCGUUUGGACGGCGAAAAUCCGAAGCUCGGUUUGACUGUCUUGAAAGUUGUUCACGAAACGAUCGAAUUGGGCGAUGUCACGUGCUUCCCAGGGAAUCGGCUGGAUAGGAUUAAGCAGCUGCUUCAACCUCACUUGUACACAGGCGAAACCAGCGAGGCUGAAAGACGAAUGGAAGACUCAAAGUCCCUCGACGUUCCGUUGCCGGUCACCCUGGACUCCUUAUCUCAGGAGGUUCGAGCAUCCGAUUCAGAAAUACAGGACUACCUGAACCAGUUGCACGUCAUCGAACUUGAUGGCUCCUUGCGAAUGAUCAGCUUGGGUUAUCUAUCGACCAUACUAUCCGGCCUCUUGAAGUCCUUGGAGGAGCUCGGGGUGGGCCCACAGGAACAGUUUGCUAUCGGGCCUGUAAUCGACAUCAUCACGUCUCGGUUGGACAUUCACCAAGCUGUACUUUUACAGAUUUUCCAAAAAAUCUCAGUCGACUUCAAAAUUAACCAACCAUAUGAUUCAUUCGAUCCACAACAAAACACAAUUUUGAAGUUGCAGGAAGUCGUCAACUUGAUUGGCCUCUCACAACUGCUUUGCAUCAAGCCUACAAAGUUAGAAUCAAGCCACAAUCCAAAGGAUCAUCGAUACAUUCAAAAAAUGAACGUCGAAAGUUUCUUGGCGACUUGGACUUCGAAGUUACCCGAAAGACUCUCCGAAAAGUGUUCAAUUGAAAGCUUAUCCUCGCACUCGAUUUUAUCUAACGAUCAAAAAAGUAUCAUCGUAAUUCCGAUCGACAAAUUAUCUCUGGAGCCCAAGAUGAGAAUGUCACAGCUGUUCGAAAUCCAGCCCAAGUGGAAGAUCGAUGAAAUCGAAAGAUUUUUAUUUCCUGUCACUGGCGGCGGCUUAAAGAAAAAGUUCGAUGAAUUGAUCCUCAAGUUUUGCCGGAAGAUCAAAGAACCGUCCGGCAAUCCCGCUUCUCAUUCCAAACAAAACUCGAAAAACUCGACCCCUUCGGAAACUGUCUGGCUAACUGCAAGAAACAAGUGGUAG